UAUGUGCGUUGAUAAGCUAAUAUCAAUAUCCAUGUGGAUGUAGAAAAAAAGUACCUCUUGAACAUCAGUUUCGGUUCAUUUUUCAUUUGCGUGUGUGAUAACGGUAUAACAGACAAGGUAGAUCACGAGAAACAAAAAAGAAGAAGAACAAUAAAGAGAGGAAGAGCAACUGGAAAUGUCAAUGAAAAUGUCACAUAAUCAUGUGGUAAUCAGGUGAUUGUCAAAUAUUUUUGUUUUUUUUUUUUUUAAUUUAAAGUUAAGACAUUUCAAAUUUAUUUAUAAUACAAUAUUUGUGAAUCAUCAUUUAGUCGAAUAUUUUACCUCAUGAAAAUUAUUGUAAUUUUUAGUAUUCCUAUAAUAGCUAUUUAAAAUCGCCUACCAAACUCUUACAUUCCUUAUCUAAUUUUAUCAGUUUUUUAUAGAACUAGAAGUAUAAAGUAGUAACUCGUACCUGCAGUACGUUACAAUUAACCUACAGAUUAAGAUCAACAAUAAUUACUGUUUAAAAUGUCUAACGAAGUUGGAAAGUUACCCUCUACAGUGCCUUUACCAAUACAGGAAAAUGAUCUGACAGAUAUUGUUUCUAAAUCUAAAGAUUGGGCUCUAAUGCAUGGAAUUUCAAUGAGAUCUAAGACAAAUUUUACCGAAGAUGGAGUGCAGAUAUCACCUUUUAUUUUAGUUCCAACAGCAAUUCCUAGACAAGAGUUUGUCAAAGUUGUAGAACUUCAAACUACUCUGCAAGAAUUGUUACAUAAAAUUGCUAAUAAUAAGGAGUUUAUUAAUGAUUGUUACAAAGAUAUAGUUGAAGCUGAUGACUUUAGUGCUAGACUGUAUAAAAUGUAUGAGCAAGUUGAGGAAGAAGGGACAGUGCAAAAAAUCGCAAUGGUGCAUCUUCGUUCAGAUUACUUGAUGCAGAGUUCAUCAAACAAUAACUUAAAACAAGUCGAAUUUAAUACAAUAUCUGCAAGUUUUGCAAGUUUAUCAUCAUUUAUAACGGAUUUUAAUAAGUAUGUACUUCAAGAAUUAGGAUACCCCGAAAAAUUAAAAAACAUUCCUAGCAAUACAUCUCUCAUUGGUCUAGCAGAGGGUCUUGCAGAGGCAUGGUCAAUAUAUAACAACCCAAAUGCUUGCAUACUUUUUGUUGUAGAAAAAACUGUUUAUAAUAUAGCUGACCAACGUUUUAUUGAAUUUGAAAUAAACAGGUUAUUUCCUAAGAUUAAAAUUAUUAGAAGAAUGUUUAGUUAUAUAUGUGAACAAGGAUCUCUUAAUGACAAAAGAGAGUUAAUUAUAGAUAAUAAUAUUGUUGCUGUGACUUAUUUCCGAGAUGGAUAUGCGCCGAGUAAUUUUCCAACAGAAAAAGAAUGGGCUGCUAGGCUUUUGAUUGAAAGAUCUGCUUCGAUUAAGUGUCCGGAUAUCAAGUACCAUUUAAUUGGACAGAAAAAAGUUCAACAAGAACUUACUAAAUCGGGUGUUUUGGAAAAAUUCUUAACCGAAACAAAGAAAAUAGAGGCGGUUAGAGAAGUAUUCAUGGGUAUAUAUGGUCUCGAAUUUGAUGAACAUGGUGAUAGAGCUGUACAAAUGGCAUUGGAGAAACCAGAAAAUUUUGUUCUCAAACCUCAACGAGAAGGUGGUGGUUAUAAUAUUUAUGAUAAUGACAUUAAGGAACUUAUGCUCAAAAUACAAAAUACAAAAGAACGAUUGUCUUAUGUUCUCAUGGAAAGGAUUUUUCCGCCUACUUCUACUGGUUACAUGAUCGUUCCAGGUGCAUCUAAUCCUCCAUCUUUAGUUGAUCUAGUUUCAGAACUGGGUAUCUACGGAAUUCUCAUAAGUGAUAACGAGAAAAUUAUUGUGAAUAAACAGGUAGGCCACAUGCUUAGGAGUAAGGCAUCAACUUCAAAUGAGGGAGGAGUUUUGGCAGGAGCUGGAGCUCUAGAUUGUCCUUAUUUAUUUGAUUAAUAUUUGCUGAUUUUAUAUUUUCACCAAUAUUUCACAACUGUGAUAAGUUAAAGAAGGCAUUUAAAAAAAAAUACCGAAAUGUUUAUUUGUAUUCAAUUUUUUGUAAAUUAAAUGUUAAAUUGAAUUUUUACUUUUUUUGUUGGAUAUAUUUUAUAUCAUACAGUAUAUUUUUAUUGUCAAUCUUAAGGUAGAUUUGUAAACUUAAAUUCGGUGGCCGUUACCGUUUGUUCGUCGUUGAACUUAAAUUUUGUUAUGUUUGAAUGUGCAACAGCGAACGGUGAGUGCAACAGAGACUAUAAGUGCGCAUAUGUGAAAGUAGCUUUUUAACUUAGAACGAGAAGUUUAUAAAUCGGCCUUUAGUUUUGACUAUUUUCACAGGUCAGGAAUACAUUUUUUUAAUAGUCUAUAUUGAUAUAGAAAUUCCUGACGUCAUCAAAUUUAUUAUCUAAAUUAAAUGAUACUGGGGUGGUGAAGUGUCUUGAAAUUAAAAUUUCAGUUAAAAAUCAAAAUGUUGGGGUUUUUGGUUGAUUUGGAAGAGAAUUGUCAAUAAAAAAAUAGAGAUUGUCAAAAAGCUUUUUGGGAGAUAUAUUUUGAAUUUAUUUUGGAAAAGAGAAAAUAAACGAGAAUAUAUAAAAAGGUAAAAAGAGAUUUUAUUGCAAAGUUUAGAGAACAGUGAGAGGAAUCGAGGCAGACAGAGGAAACCAGCAGUCCAAAAAAGUAGACAGUGAGCAGAGGAGACAAGGAGUUAAAUAUAAAAGAAAGGUAGUGAGAAGUUUUAUUUCAAUUUAAGAGGAAAGUGUAGCAGAUAGCAGACGUAGGAGGUCGGAGUACAGAGGAGGAGCAGGAGAAUUAGGAGAAACAGGAGAAGCAAAAGAAAUAGAAAAAGCAGGGCCCCUAAGAAGAAACAUUCAAUUUUUUUUUAAGUUUAUUAUAAUUUAGUUUUUAAUUUUAUAUUGUAAAUUUUUAGAGCCGAACCACCCCCUUUUAAGAGUCUGGGCAAAUUUAUUAAAAAAAAUUAUAUACAGGGGGUUUCUAUAUCAAUAUAUAAGAAACUUUAUCAUUGACAAAGUACUUUAGAAAAAUUUUGAGACACGACAUAUUAUUUUUCUACCUUUGAAAUAUUUUUUAUAUACUUAAUAUAAAUAAAGAGAUAUCAAUUGCUA